UGGGGAUGGGUAUUGAGGUGACACAAAAGGUGAAACAGGAUGUGAGGCGCAGAGCGGGAAUCAGCCGGAAAAUUGGAGAACCACUGGUUUAGAGGAGAGGCACAACCGUAGCAUGGAGGGUAGAUGGAGGACAAGGAGGCGGGGCUUGUUGAUUAACAAGAGUACCGCCUCUCUGGGUCUGACACGUCCUCCGCAGAGUCAAGGACGCUGGGUGCAACAAACGCAGAUCCAUCAAGUUGGCCGUGAGGCGUUCAGGAGCAGUUGUUACAGUGCUUGGUGAAGGGCGUCUCCCGGCCCUCAGCCAGCAGGACCUUGGUGCAGAUGUUGCGGUGAGACGUCGGCCUCCGCCCGAACACCGAGCCCAGCGGCGCCUCACUGAGAGACAGGGAGCGGCAAGACAUGGAGAGAGGCGACUGCAGCCUGAGGUUGUGACGUUCUGCGAUGAGGUGGCAACUUGUCCAGGGUGUACCCCGCCUUCCGUCCGAUUGUAGCUGAGAUAGGCUCCAGCGACCCCGAAGGGAAUAAGAGUACUCCGGGUAGCCUGCACGGGCCGCUGCAGUACCACCAGGGUCACUGGACGUAGAAGAAGAAAAACACGGAAAACGCCGUGGUGACGUCAGUAGCAUGUGCGGACAUCGAAGCGUCUAGAAACUUCUCACAGUUGGACGAAAGGUGACGACACUUUCAAAGCAGCGGAAAUCUUUUGUCAAGGUUAGAAAAUGUCGGCCAUCGCCCAGGAACAUGUGCGGGGGGAAAGCGUCUUUAAGGACCUGAGCGCCGACGACGACGACUGGCAGGCGACGGAGAUGUCGAGCUUGUGCAUGAACUGCUACCAGGACGGCGUCACACGCCUGCUGCUCACUAAGAUCCCCUUCUUCAAGGAGGUCAUUGUCAGCUCCUUCAGCUGCGACAAAUGCAGCUGGUCCAACACGGAGAUCCAGUCCGCGGGCCGCAUUCAGGAGCAAGGCGUCUGCUACACGCUGAAAGUCCGAAGCAAGCCGGACUUAGACCGGGAAGUGGUGAAGAUGGACAGCGCCACCACCAGGAUACCAGAGCUGGACUUUGAGAUCCCUCCCUUCACGCAGAAAGGCUCCCUGUCCACCAUCGAGGGCCUUUUGGACCGGGCUGUGGCCGGCUUGGAGCAGGACCAAGUGGCCAGACAGGCAGCCGACCCGGAGGUGGCCGGGAAAAUAAACACCUUCAUCCAGAAACUGAAAAAGCUCAAAGACGUCCAGGAGGGAUUCACUUUGGUCAUUGAAGAUCCGUCAGGCAACAGUUUUGUGGAGAACCCGAUGGCCCCCCGAAAGGACGAGGCCCUCACCGUGUCCCGGUUCAGGCGCAGCGUUCAGCAGGAGAAGCAGCUGGGUUUGAGGGCGGAUGACGACCCAGAGGACGAGGAGCCACCAGGCGACGACUUGGACACCAUGAGGAGUGAAGUUUUGGUGUUCAACACCAACUGUCCCGAGUGCAACGCCCCGGCCUCCACCAACAUGAAGCUGGUCCAGAUCCCUCACUUCAAGGAGGCCGUCAUCAUGGCCACCAACUGUGACAGCUGCGGACAUCGGACCAAUGAGGUCAAGUCGGGCGGUGCCACAGAGGAAAAGGGCACCAAGAUCUCCCUGCGCAUCAGCGCCGCGUCCGACAUGACCCGAGACCUGCUCAAGUCCGAGACCUGCAAUGUCCUCAUCCCCGAGCUGGAAUUGGAGCUGGGCAUGGGGGCGGUGUGCGGGAAGUUCACCACCCUGGAGGGCCUGCUGACCGACAUCAGGGACCUCGUCGUCUCCAAAAACCCGUUUGUCUGCGGCGAUAGCGGCGAUUCCGAUCGCAUGCGGAAGCUGAAGGAGUUUGGCGAGAAGAUCGACAAGAUCAUAGCCGGGGAGAUGAAGGUCCACAUCAUCCUGGACGACCCGGCCGGGAACAGCUACCUGGAGAACGUGUACGCCCCCGAGGCCGACCCGGAGAUGACCGUCGAGAAGUACGCUCGCUCGUUUGAGCAAAACGAAGAGCUGGGUCUGAACGAUAUGAAAACGGAAGGCUACCAGGAAGACAACUGAAAGCUCUCAAGAGACCGAGAACCAUCUUUGUCGUCUCCUGACAUGACAUUUCGAAACAAGUUCAGGAGUAAACAAAUUCUCAAAAGACAAGAAAGCUUUGCCUCCAAGCCAGUGUUGUUUUUAUUGUAUUUUGGUUUUUUUUGGGUUAUGUUAUCCUCAUCAGUAUGUUUUAAUAAUGGCAAGAAGUUCUAAGUUGUUUGUUGGUGCAGUGGACACUAAGUCUACAUGCCAGUGCAGAUAAUCCUGUACAAUACUUGGGAAUUUUGGUUGCAAUGCCUUGAUCCGUCACAAGAGGGUGCUCAGCCACAGCUGGGAGUUCUCACGGGUUUUAGAUUUUCUGUGUUUGAGUGUCAUUUCAAUGACAAACAGCAGUCAUAAUGGCAAGUGGGUUGUAUCUUUUUAAGAAAACAGAACGACUGGUCGAAAUGCUAUUUUAUUUGGACAACAAAGCCAUGUUGCCUUCAUAUUAUUUAGAGCCUUGUGAGAGUUAUGAGGCAAAAUGUACACUUAAAGCAACAGAGGCUCGUAUAUGUUUAUGAAAUGUGUUUGAAAUGGAAGGGCAAGAGCUAUUUGGAAAUAAAUAAUGAUGGAACGUCACUCUAGACUAAUCAUUGCAUGUGAUCAUGUAGCCCAAUUGUUGGUUUGACUGACCGGUACUCAUUUGGUACUAUUUUGGUUGCAGUGGUGCCACAUCCGGGAACUGUAUUAUCAAAGUUAGCUUGUAGAAAGGUUGGUUUUUAUGUUUGAUAUCUCACACUUGCAGCAACAAGUUUCAGUCACAGCAGAAUCCACAUACCGUAUUUUUCGGAGUAUAAGUCGCACCGGCCGAAAAUGCA